UGUCCAAAAAUGCCAACUACGCCAAAUAAGCUUUCCCUCAAUUUUAACAGAAAUAAUUAUAGUGUUUUUGGAACACACACGAAUAAUGAUAAUGUAGAACAACAACGAGAGCAAAAAACUGAACUUUUAGAGGGAAAUAGAGGUAAUGGCCUUCUUCAUUUGAAGAGUGGCAUAGAUUAUGUUAAUCCCGGUGAAGAAGAUCAGAUGGAAAUUUAUGGGUAUAGAAGAAAUACAGCGUACACUGCCGCGACAUGGUUCCUGAUAAUUAUUACAGGUGGACUGUUAAGACUUAUCUUUCAUUGGGUGCCACAUCUUAUGUUAUUAGCAACCCAUUCAAAAUGUUCUCUCGAGGAAGCAGAAACAGUUUUGUUGUUAGAAAAAUUUCAAGGAAAACAUAUAAGCUAUCAUGUUAAAAAAAUCAAAAUUGUGACAGCUGAAGACGUAUGGAAAGAGUUUUGUGAAAACAGUAUAUUCGAGGAAGAGUUACCAGAAAAAGUGAAUAAUUCACGAUUUGAGCCACACAGUCCUAUUACAAUAGAACAAGAACAGAAUCAAGAACAAACUUUAAUGCCAUUAUCCUUUCAUUUGUCCGGUGGUCAAUUUAGAGAGGUGCAAUGGAUGCAUAUAUUCACAUGUAAGAAGCUCAUUUAUGUUUGGGAUACUGAAAAGUGUGAGUAUUUAAAACUUCGUGGUCUUGAUACACGUGUUUUGAGCUCAACGUUACACCAGACACCAGAACUGAGUGCAAAACAACAAAGCAUGCGACGUGGAGUGUAUGGAAACAAUGAGAUUGUUGUACCUGUUAAAGGCUUCCUAACACUUCUUGGACUCGAAGUCCUUAAUCCUUUUUACGUCUUCCAAUUAUUCAGCUUUUGCCUUUGGAUCUCCGAUGAUUAUGUUUAUUAUGCUAUGGUGAUUUUGUGUAUGUCCGCCUGCGGUGUUAUAAUGGCCGUCUUGCAAACUCGAAGGAACCAGCGCAAUCUUCGUUCGACGGUUUCCUCUUCAGACGUGGCAACUGUUCUACGCGAUCGUUCUACAGGCUCAACGGCCACUGUAUCAGCCAAAUAUCUAGUGCCUGGUGACAUACUUGUUAUACCGUCGUACGGUUGUGUAUUACCCUGCGACGCGGUUUUACUAACGGGUAAUUGUAUCUUAAAUGAAUCGAUGUUAACGGGAGAAUCGGUACCCGUCACCAAAACGCCGAUACCAGCAGCUAGUGAUAUUGUCUACGAUAGCAAGGAGCACGCAAGACACACGCUAUAUUGUGGUACACGAGUUUUACAAACACGUUAUUUCGGUACUGAGAAGGUGUUGGCAGUAGUCAUUCGCACGGGCUUCAAUACGAGCAAGGGUGGUCUUGUUCGCUCUAUCAUGUACCCUCCUCCCGUUGAUUUUAAAUUUGAGCAAGAUUCUUAUAAAUUUGUUGAACUUCUUGCCUGUAUUGCAAGUAUCGGUGUCAUAUAUACCAUUAUUACUAAGGCUCUACGUGGUGUGCCUAGCAGUCACAUUGCUCUCGAGGCUCUGGAUCUUAUAACCAUAGUUGUACCACCAGCUCUUCCUGCUGCAAUGACGGUCGGCAGAUUAGUGGCACAGAAUCGGUUGGAAAAACACAAAAUUUACUGCACAAGUCCGAGGGCGAUCAAUGUUUCGGGAUCUAUCGAUUGUGUUUGUUUUGACAAAACUGGAACAUUAACCGAGGAUGGUUUGGAUAUGUGGGGAGUGGUUAUGGUCACCUCGAAUAAGUUCCAAUUACCCAUCAAGGAUAUUUCAAGCUUGGCGUUAAAUGAAAUUCUUAUAGGAAUGGUCACCUGCCAUUCAAUCACAAUUAUAGAUGGGCAAUUAAUUGGCGAUCCAUUAGAUUUGAAAAUGUUCGAGUCGACGGGAUGGGUGUUGGAGGAGCCUAAUGUUUCCGAUACUUCCAAAUUCUCUAUGCUCUUUCCAACAAUUGUCAGGCCUUCGAAUUCAGCAUCUAAUAAAGUUUCAAUUACUACUGUACCAUUGUCGCGUAGCAACGACGAGGUCGAAUCCGGCGUCGUCGAGAAUUUACCAGAGACGGGUGACGAUCAUUUAACCGAAGGCGGAGUGGAGAUUGGGAUCGUCCGACAAUUUCCAUUUACCUCGAGUCUACAGCGUAUGAGUGUUAUUACAAGAACUCUCGGGGCAGACCAUUACGAUUUAUACUGCAAGGGUAGUCCAGAAAUGAUUCUCAGCUUAUCAAAACCAGAAUCUGUGCCACAUGAUUUUAACAGUGUUUUACAAGAGUAUACAUCAGAGGGUUAUCGCGUGAUUGCAUUAGCCCAUAAAUCGUUAAAACGCCUUCCCUAUGCCAAGGUACAACGCAUAACUCGCGAAGCUGCUGAAACCGAGCUUACGUUCCUGGCCUUCGUUAUACUGGAAAAUCGUCUAAAGCCAGAAACGAUGCCGAUGAUCGCGGCCCUCAACGAUGCCGCUAUCAAAGUUGUUAUGGUCACUGGAGAUAAUAUGCUCACGGCUCUAUCCGUAGCUCGAGACUGCGACAUCGUCAAGUCUAAAAUGCCGGUAAUCGCAGUAACCGCUGUCACCCAGCAAAAUCAGAUGAAACCCCAAUUGUAUUUUACGCGAAGUUUUACCCAAUCGAGUCAGAAUCACUUAUCGCCUACUAUUGUCGGACCCGAAAUGACAGAUUUCAGCGAGAUUACCGACAUCAAUAGCGUCGUUAGUUUGGAAACCAUUGAAAGCGGAGGCGUAUAUGGAACCAAUGGCAGAGUCGAUCCUGUACUCAAUUAUCUGUCGGACGAUCUUCAGCGGAGCGGUAAAAGCCGAAAUAAUGCAAGAAAAAAUGAUUACGUGUUUUCUUUGACGGGAAAAACUUGGGCUCUUAUAAAGCAAUUUUAUCCUGAAUUGAUACCGAAAUUAACAACACGUGGAACAAUUUUCGCCAGAAUGUCUCCCGAUCAAAAGCAACAGCUUGUACAAGAAUUGCAAGCACUGGGUUACUACGUAGCAAUGGUUGGCGACGGUGCAAACGACUGUGGCGCUCUGAAAGCCGCGCACACUGGCAUCUCCCUAUCGGAUACCGAGUCAUCGGUAGCAUCUCCGUUCACCAGCCGCGAGACCAAUAUUUCUUGUGUAUUGAGCGUCAUACGCGAAGGUCGAGCCGCUCUUGUCACCUCCUUUGGAAUCUUCAAAUACAUGGCCGCCUACUCUCUCACCCAGUUUAUUUCCGUUAUGCUGCUUUACAGUAUUGAAUCCAAUCUUACGGACAUCGAGUUUCUUUACAUUGACCUCUUUAUCAUCUCCAUAUUUGCUUUCUUUUUCGGCAAGACAGAAGCAUACGAUGGCCCGUUAAACAAGAUACCACCGCUUACGAGUCUAAUCAGCGUCACGCCGAUUCUCAGUUUAUUCGCACAAAUCGUCAUCGUGAGCAUUUUUCAGUAUUUAAGCUUAUGGAACCUACGGCAUAUGGAAUGGUUCGUGCCAUUCAAUGCGACUGCAGAAAAUAAAGAUGACGUGGGUUGUUUGGAAAAUUAUACAAUAUUUAUCGUUAGCUCGAUUCAAUAUAUCAUUCUUGCAGUUGUUUUCUCCAAGGGCCGACCAUAUAGAAAAGCCAUUUGGACAAAUUAUGGAUUAUUGGCAUCCUUUGUGCUAUUGAGCUCGUUCUCGGCCUAUUUGUCAAUUGGACCAUUCGAGCAACUUGCUGAGUGGUUUGAACUUGUGCUACCCGAAGACUUGGAAUUUAGAUUCAUUCUACUGGCUUAUGGAUUAGCAAAUUUUUUAAUAUCGAUGUUCGUCGAGUACUUUGUCAUUGAAUAUCUAGUGUUUUCGAAGCUAAGGAAAAAACUGCACAAUGUCGACAAGUCGCGUAGGAAGUUUCUGAUGUACGAAAGAAAUAUGAGAAACAAUCAUGAAUGGCCACCUUUGUCGCAGGAACCGCUACCCGAAGCCGCACCCGAUAUACUUAUUCGACAAAAUCAGCUGACCGAGAUCAAAAUUGAGAAGCGAGUAACCGAAAACGCACCAUCGGACUACAGUGUCGUCGGAGGAACGACAUCGGCUGUAUCAGCAGACUCCACGGGCUGCCAAAUGUCCGGGAGUCCGGGUAAAGAUGUAACCCUGGCCCCUGAUUGCUUGCUACCCUUCAAAAAUGUCGAUCGCUUCGGAGGCUCGACCCGCGAAGUACCUCUAAAUCCACGAUCCCUUUACGACGAGAGACGGAACACCGUCUCUAUGCAAACGGUGCUGAAUUACUGUGACGAGAGCAGCCAGAAUAAGCGUAACUCGAUGACUAAACGGCCGAGCCAUCCGAGGUUGAGCUCCGAGUCCGCUCGGGAAAUCGACAGGACCGACAAGGUUAAGAGAUUUAAGGAGACCAAUCCCAUCGCUACCUUACCAAGGCAUUCCACUUUCAUCAAUAAGAGUGCGGCUCUGCAAGGUGGACUCGAGCUUGAUAUUUUACCAUCUUGAGAUCGGGCGAUCGUCGAAUUACUUAUUUCACUUUAUUACUUACUCAUUUCGGCUAACGAGAUAAAUUCGUCGAUUUUAUUUGA